UGGGCAACGCACGCUUGUCGAAUUUGCGGCGAGUGUUGGCUUGGCCAUUCGGCCGGUAUUUGCUAAACACACACCAUGGAUGCCGACUUGUAUGAUGAGUUCGGUAAUUACAUAGGACCCGAACUUGAGAGCGAUUCGGAUGACGAUGAGGCAGACCGGUAUGAUCGCCAGGACGCCGAUGCGCAAGAGUUGCAAGAGGUAACGGGCUUGCACUCCUCGCAAGAAUUCUGUGCACGAAAUCGGGGCUGCGUCUGAUGCAAAAUUGCCGUGUGUACGCAGGAUGAUGACAUGGGAGACAUGCAAGUCGUGUUGCACGAAGACAAAAAAUACUACCCUUCUGCAGUGGAAGUGUAUGGACCUGAUGUUGAAACUAUUGUGCAAGAAGAGGACGCCCAACCGUUGACAGAGCCCAUCAUUGCUCCCAUAAAGCACCGAAAGUUUUCCUUUGUGGAGCAGGACCUUCCUUUGACAACCUAUGAUCUUGAGUUCCUGACUGACCUGAUGGACAACUCUGAGCUCAUACGUAAUGUGGCUCUCGUUGGUCACCUCCAUCACGGCAAGACCUCAUUUGUCGACUGUCUGGUAGAGCAAACUCAUCCACACCUUCGGGCAAAGGAAUGCAAAAAUCUGAGGUACACUGACACGCUGUACACAGAGCAAGAGGCAAGAGUGAGCAUCAAAGCCAGCCCUGUCACACUUCUCCUGCAAGACCUCAAACAGAAGUCAUUUAUUUUGAACGUCUUUGACACACCAGGUCACGUCAAUUUUUCUGAUGAGGUGACUGCAGCUAUCAGGAUUUGUGAUGGUGUUGUGAUCUUCAUUGACGCUGCUGAAGGAGUCUGUCUGAACACGGAACAGCUGCUCAAGCAUGCCGUCCAAGAGAAGUUGGCCAUCUGCAUCUGCAUCAACAAGAUUGACAGGCUGAUGCUAGAGCUGAAGUUGCCACCCCAAGAUGCCUAUUACAAGUUGAGGAACGUCGUUGAUGAGAUAAAUUCUUUGAUCACGCUAUACUCUGAGGACCCUGAACAGCAGCAGGUGUCGCCUCUUUUGGGCAACGUUUGCUUUGCCAGUUCCCUCUACAGCCUCUGUUUCACGCUGCGUUCAUUUGCCUGCAUGUACUCGCAAACCUUUGGUGGAGUCAACGUCACAGAAUUUGCGAGGCGGCUCUGGGGAGACAUCUACUUCAGCAACAAAACGCGGAAGUUUACGAAGAAGCCCCCUCACAGUUCAGCACAGAGGAGCUUUGUGGAGUUCAUUCUGGAGCCUUUGUACAAGCUUUUUGCACAGGUGGUUGGUGAUGUCGACGAGUGUCUGCCCAAGCUCCUUGACGAGUUGGGAGUCAAGCUGUCCAAGACGGAGAUGAAGCUCAACGUCAGACCUCUGCUGCGUCUCGUCUGCUCACGAUUCGUUGGAGAAUUCACCGGCUUUGUUGACAUGUGUGUCAACCAUGUGCCGCCACCAGCUCGUGUGACUCGAGAGAAGAUCGAGUGCAUCUAUACGGGCCCUUUGGAAUCCGAGCUUGGGGAAGCCAUGCUCAAGUGCGACCCUGACGGCCCGCUGAUUGUACACACCACAAAACAGUACUCAACUCAAGAUGCCACCAGUUUCCACGUGUUUGGACGUGUAAUGAGUGGUACACUGCAUGCCAAUCAGGAUGUGCGCAUUCUUGGUGAGAACUAUACGUCCACGGAUGAAGAGGACUCCCGUGUGCUAGCUGUCGGGAGGCUCUGGGUCCACGAAUCAAGGUACAAGGUUGAGGUAAACCGGGUCCCAGCGGGCAACUGGGUGCUCAUGGAAGGCAUUGACCAGCCAGUGGUGAAGACCUCAACCAUAGUGGACGUUGGCAUUCAAGAGGAGCUCUUCAUCUUUCAUCCUCUGCGCUUCUGCACACAUUCCGUCAUCAAGAUUGCCGUAGAGCCUGUGAACCCAUCAGAGCUGCCAAAAAUGCUGGACGGUUUACGGAAAGUCAACAAGUCGUAUCCCCUUGUGAACACCAAGGUGGAGGAAUCUGGAGAACAUGUCAUCUUCGGAACAGGAGAACUGUAUCUUGACUGCGUGAUGCACGACUUGAGGAAGAUGUAUUCAGAAAUUGACAUCAAGGUUGCUGACCCAGUCGUCUGCUUCUGUGAGACGGUUGUGGAAACUUCAUCGCUCAAGUGUUUUGCAGAAACUCCCAACAAGAAGUGAGAAAUCACCAUGAUUGCUGAGCCACUGGAAAGGGGCCUGGCAGAGGACAUUGAGAAUGAGGUGGUGCAGAUCACAUGGAACCGGAAACGGCUGGGAGUCUUCCAGACCAAGUAUGACUGGGAUUUGCUCGCAGCUCGUUCCAUCUGGGCAUUUGGACCCGAUGCUACAGGCCCCAACAUUCUUGUGGAUGACACCCUGCCUCCUGAGGUAACUCGGUUUUCUUGAAUUUCGUGAUGACACUGGCCUAAGAGUUUUCUCACUUU